AUGCUCCGCUCACAGCCUCUCAUCAAUGGCCAAGUCUCGGCUUAUCUCGCUUUACGCAGACAUUUUGGCCACUCCAACUACUGCCAGGCCAUUAAGAAACCUGAUAACCCGGAAAACAACCCUUCUCAGGAAUCAUCUUCAAACCCUGAAAAUACCCAAUCUGAAUCCUCCCAACUAGAUAAUGAAGAUACUCCAUACACAAAACCUUUACUCCAGGUUAAGGUCAAGCCGCGCGAACGAACAGGCGCCCCAGCUCGUCGUGUAGGUAGACCUCCUCGCAAGUCUGUCACCACUCCUUUACCUGAUGAUCCCGUCAAAUCGCCCCAUGCAUCUUCCUCUUCUUCCAAAUCCUCUAAAUCCUCCAAAUCUUCUUCUUCCUCUUCCUCUUCUUCCUCACACUCUUCAACUUCUUCCAACACAUCUCUUUCUCCUUCAUCCUUUUGGUCACUCGAAAACAUACCCUCUCCUAAAGCCCUCAAAAAACACCUCGACCAGUACGCCAUUGGCCAGGACAGAGCGAAAAAACAUUUUUCCGUGGCCGUAUACAACCACUACGUAAGACUAGCAGACCGUGCUGAAAAAACUGUCCUUGCAGAAGCCCGCCACUCGGAACUACGCCGCAUUUUUGCUGAGCAAAUGGGCCAGAGUUUCGAAGAAGAUGACCAAGAUGAAAACUCUUUCCAAAAUCUAACCCCAGAGGAAAUUGAAGAACAACAAGGAUACGAACAGAUGCUCAAGAAAAACUCCGAUUGGUUCCAACCACCGCCUUGGAUGAAAAUGUCCCAGUCAAUAGAGUCUAAAGUCGACGAAUCUAAUAUCCAACGCGUCCUUAAGUCACAGCCAAACCUACGUGCUCAUGUGUCACAAGUUUAUAAUGAUGAGUCAUUGGGCAACAAUUUCAAUAAUUCCAUGGAACCCUCCUUCCACCAGGAUGUGGAAAUGGACAAGGCAAACGUUUUGCUACUGGGCCCCACAGGCAGCGGCAAAACCAUGCUGGCCCGCAUUCUCGCCAAGGUACUGGACGUCCCCUUUGUCAUCAUGGACUGCACAAGCAUGACCCAAGCUGGCUAUGUGGGAGAAGACCCAGACGCAUGUAUUGCACGGUUGGCGCAGUCAGCCUACUGGGACGCAGACCGCACAGAAACCGGAAUUGUAGUUUUUGACGAGUUUGACAAAAUUGCAUGUAAAGAUACGAAUGGUGGAGGCAAAGGUUCGAGCGGAGGGGCUGGCCUUGGAGGUGACGCCCGCCGUGACGUUGCUGGUGAAGGCGUGCAACAAGGCAUGCUGAAACUUGUGGAGGGAACCAAACUGACUCUUGCUCUGCCGACAUCCAUGCAGAGUGGAUAUGGGCCCAAUAAAACAGAAACCAUUGCAGUAGACACGUCGAACGUGCUGUUUGUGUUUAUGGGAGCGUUUGUAGGACUGGAGCAGAUUGUGGCCAAACGGUUGCAAGAUGAGGCCGAGGAAAGAUUGGCUCGCCAAACUGCUGCUGAGGAAGAAGAACAAGUGCUACUACACAAUGACAGGGUCAUUCGACAUAACGCGGAACGUCCAAUGACGUUGCCAGACAUAUUCAAGAAGGAAGUCCAAGAAGUGCGCCGGUACCAGACCCAGCAGCAGCUACAGCAAGAAUUGGAGUACCCAGUAGACCCCAUUGCCCCUUCUCCAAAACCUACACAGGAAUCCAAGCCGGGCCCCAUUUCGUCAUCGGUGCUUGCGCAUGUGACGCACGCAGACCUUGUCAAGUAUGGCAUUUUGCCCGAGCUCGCUGGCCGGAUCGCGGUGCUUGUGUCGACUACAGAGCUGACAGAGGAAGACUUGGUGCGAGUACUAAUGGAGCCUCGCAACUCGGUGGUGCGGCAGUACGAGCGGCUGUUUUCGCGGUGGGGCGUGACGCUGGCGUUCACGACGCCGGCGCUUGUGGCAGUUGCACGGCGGUGUAUGAAGCUGGGGAUUGGCGCGCGAGGACUGCCAAGUGUGUUGACUAGCUUGUUGCUUGAAUCCAACUUUGAGUCGCCGGAAAGCGGCACCAAGUACAUUUUGGUGACCCGACAAGUGGUUGAGCAAAUGGAACAAGCAGGAGCACCCAAGCCCAUUUACUUUUCAAAGUUCCAAGCUAGCGAGUUUUUGGAUGCUGUAGAGGAGGAAGAUCCAGAGCUUGCGCAGAAACUCAAUGCUCAGAUUUUCCCGCACUUUACAGUAUCUAGUAAGAAAAAGGCUACGGCUUGA